UGUGUCUGUGUGUCUGUGUGUACUGCGAGUCUCCUGGUUGUCUGAGCAACGGGACGUUCAUCACUAACUCCAGGGAUAAUUAACUCUUUUUCCUGUAUUUAUAGAAAACCGAUGCAGGGAGUGUUGGCACUUAUCCCUGACGGGGCCACAUUUGGCCACGACAUCUUGAAUCGUGGCCAUUUCUCGCAAUACGGCGGCUUUGUCAUCAUCCCCGCUGCCUGCUCAUUAAGCCCGAAAGAGAGCAGCUCGUUAAGCCCGCAAGGGCAGGGGUGCCGGCCCCUACCCAGGGGUGAAACCCCAGCAGCUGCCUGAGCCAGGCUGCCCGGGGGUGCCCACCUCUGCGCGCCCCGCUCCUGCUUCGCCGGUGCAGGGGAUGUUUGCAUGAGCGUUGCCAUCUCCAGAUGCCUGCAUCCGCCUGCGCUAAAAACAGCGUAGCUCCCGGCUCGGCCGCCGGCAAGAGGAAAUUUUGCUGUUUCGAGAGGUUUGUUGCAGGGAUGUGAUGCAAAGACGCGCUGGAGCAUCCUGACUUGGCACCACGGCCGUGGGAGACGCAGAGGGAGAGACAAGGAGCAGCUUCUCUUGGUGCCAGCGGGGGAUGAGUGACGAGCAGCUCCCCGCAGCUCCCCGCUGCCCCACCACGGAGGGGGACACCAACGUCUCAGCAUCCGGCUGCCCCGAGCGCUGGGUUGAGCCCCGGUUCACGCAAGCGGCGCGGGUCCGCGUGAUCGUCACGGCCAUCUUCUUCUUGCUGGCGGCGGGCAGCAACGCGGCGGUGCUCGGCAGCCUGCUGAGGAAGAGGAGGAAAUCCCACGUGCGGCCGCUGAUCCUCAGCCUGGUGCUGGCCGACCUGCUGGUGACGGUGGCGGUGAUGCCCCUGGACGCAGCGUGGAACGUGACAGUGCAGUGGUACGGAGGGGACGUGUCCUGCAAGCUCCUCAACUUCCUCAAGCUCUUCGCCAUGUACGCGGCCGCCCUGGUGCUGGUGGUCAUCAGCCUGGACCGGCACGCAGCCGUCCUCCAUCCCUUCUCCCGCGCUCGCCGCCGCAAUGGACUGCUGCUCCGUGCUGCCUGGGCCGGCAGCGUGCUCCUGGCUUCACCCCAGCUUUUCCUCUUUCACCUGCACACGGCCCCGGGAGGGAACUUCACCCAGUGCGUUACUCAUGGGAGCUUCCGAGCGCACUGGGAGGAAACCGUCUACAACAUGUUCACCUUCACCACCCUCUACAUCACCCCCCUGAGCGUCAUGAUCGUUUGCUACAUCCGAAUCAUUUGGGAGAUCAGUAAGCAGUUGAAGAUCAACAAAGGUUUGAUAGGAAAUCAAAAUGACCACAUCUCCAAGGCACGCAUGAAGACUCUCAAGAUGACCAUAGUGAUUGUUGCCACCUUCAUCAUCUGCUGGACCCCAUACUACCUCCUGGGCUUGUGGUACUGGUUCCAGCCAGCCAUGAUCCAGAAGAUGCCGGAGUAUGUCAACCACAGCUUCUUUCUCUUUGGCUUGCUGCACACCUGCACUGACCCUGUCAUUUAUGGACUGUAUACCCCCUCCUUUCGGGAGGAUGUGCAGUUGUGUCUCAGGGGCAUUGAAACAGCCAUUACCAGGCAUGAGAGACACAAACCUGUCUCAGUCUUGGAGAACAACAUCAAGGAUGGUGCUGUAAAUGGUGGGGUGGCAUCAGGGGGCUCAAAUGGGACAACUGUCAACACGGUCUGCUGAAGAGACAUACCCACAAGGAGAUGGGAGCCACAGCUCUGGGGGCUGCUUUGUCCCAUAGGAUCGUUCUGGAGACUGUCAUAAGGAGGUUUGCCGCACAGCUUUGGUGGGUGAGGGUCUCUGGCCAGGAACUGGGAUUGUGUCUCCUGCCUGUACUCAGGGUAAAAAAAACAUUUGGAGGUAUUUUUGGUCAUUCUUCCAUAUCCUGGCAGCCCCGUGACAACUAGAAAACCAUCCUUUUCGUACCCUACACGUGCUCUAGCCUUGAUUCUGGGAUCAAGCAUCUGCCACACUUCCAGCAUCAACCCCUGGGAGGAGACACGCUGGCUCCUCCAUGGUCCAGGGCCACAUCUCCCAGGGUGGCCAAUCUAUAAGCGUCCUUUGCACCUACACCGAAGUGCGGAGCUGCACAGAUGCACAGCGCUAUGUGGUGUCACCCUGAGAGGCUGCAAAGGUGCGAUCACAGGUUUUACUCCAUUUUCUCCAUCCGCCGUAGGAAAGGCUCUCUGGAAAUCUUGGCUCUGCUGGCUCAGAGCCUACCUGGCUCUCCCACGGUUGCAUGUGAAGCCCUGGGAAGGAUGUACAUGUCUGGGGAGUGGGCAUCAGUCCCCCAUGUCUGCCUCUGUGGUGGGAAGGGAGAAGGUGAUGUGGGGAUGGAGGGGCUUGGGCAAGAGGGGUAUGAAGAGACACGAUGGGAUGGGACAGGGUUUCUUCUCCCUUUUGGACUCAGUCAGAAGGGAAAACAGUCCCUGCUGCUUUGUUCUGGCAGGCAGGGGGUGGUAGGAACGCAUCCUUACAUAGCAGCUCUCUGGGACAGAGGGUUGACCAGGAGAGAGAGAAUUUGGGGUAACCAGAAGGUGACAUAGCCCAACCCCUCUCCAGGGCAUGAGCUGGCAGGUCUCAGGCCACAGGCCAGGGUGUCCCCAGCACCUGGCACAGACUGAUGGGAGCAAACCCCACAUUUUCUCCUCUCUCUUUUCCCCUCUCUCAUUUAUACAUGUUUUCUUUACUUUAAUGGCUUGACCCAACACCAGCACCUCAUCUCUGCCCCGAGCAGGGUGGGUGCAGCCACCCCACAGGUGAUGCCUGGGGUGUCCCGAUGAGGAAGGUGAUGGGAACCACCUGUGGGUGGAGGGGCCCAUCAGCACCCAUGGGUGCCAGGUGGGUGCUGAUGGUCCUUGGCUGCACUGUGAGGGCAAGGGAGGCUGCUGGAGGGGAUCAACUGAGCUGUGGUGAGUAAAAUGGAUUUUCUGCUUUUCACCACCAUGCCAGAUGUUGCUUGUGAAGGUGGAGGCCUCUCCUCUGGGUGAGGAUUGAAGAGGUGGCUUUAUUCAACUGCGUUGUUCCCUUCCAUGUAAUUAGAAAUAGUAGAUUAUUUCUUUGUUCAUUCUCUGUUGAUUGUUAUUAAACACAUUUUUUGCUUUUG